GGCGCAGUCUGUCGCCGCCCGCAUCCCGGAAGAGCUCCUCGCUCCCACAGGCCCUUGCGCGUUCCUUUCCGGCCCGUUCCCGGCUGGCGUUUCUCAGAUGGCUCCUGCAAAGAAAGGUGGUGAGAAGAAGAAGGGGCGCUCUGCCAUCAACGAGGUGGUAACCAGGGAAUAUACUAUCAACAUUCACAAGCGGAUCCAUGGCGUGGGCUUCAAGAAACGGGCACCACGUGCUCUCAAGGAAAUCCGUAAAUUUGCGAUGAAGGAAAUGGGUACUCCUGACGUUCGCAUUGACACCAGAUUGAACAAAGCAGUCUGGGCUAAAGGGAUAAGGAAUGUUCCUUACCGUAUCCGUGUGCGUUUGUCCAGAAAGCGCAAUGAGGAUGAAGAUUCACCAAACAAGCUAUACACACUGGUUACCUAUGUACCAGUGACAACGUUCAAAGGUCUACAGACAGUGAAUGUGGAUGAAAAUUAAACUAAUUUUCAUUACAAUAAAAGGAUAAAAAGAAAGUUUA